ACGUCGUUCCUCAGUCUUCGGGGUGGGUUCGGCAACGCUGGCUGGGCUGAGCGGAGCGCCGGGUGGGGAGCAGCGGCCGAAGGGAGGCCGCGGCGCCAUGGGUGGGCUGUAGAGAGGGGCUCGGGCUUGGUGCAGGCUAGGCGGAGGCGCGGCGGCUCGCAGCGGGGAUCGAGGGUGGGCAGAGGCCCCCGGGCGGUGCGGGGAGGGUCGCCGGCCGCCGCAGGCGUGCAGGAGAGGUCUGGGCCGGCCGCCGGGUUCCCCGUCCCCGGGCCUGUCGACGACGACGCUCCCGCGGGGGUUCCGUCUGAGGAGGACGCGGCGGCGGCGGCGAGGCCGCGGGAGGCCGCGGAGGAUGGAAGAGCGGAAGGAGGAGGGCGAGGCGGAGAUCCAGGAGCACGGGCCUGAACACUGGUUCUCCAAGUGGGAGCGGCAGUGCCUGGCCGAGGCGGAGCAGGACGAGCAGCUGUCCCCCGAGCUGCAGGAGGAGGCGGCGGCCGCCGCGCAGCCCGAGCACAAGCAGCAGAAGCUGUGGCACCUCUUCCAGAACUCGGCCACCGCCGUGGCCCAGCUCUACAAAGACCGAGUGUGUCAGCAGCCAGGACUUUCUCUCUGGGUCCCCUUCCAGAACGCAGCCACCGCCGUCACCAACCUCUACAAAGAAAGCGUGGAUACCCAUCAGCGAAGUUUUGAUAUUGGAAUUCAGAUUGGCUAUCAGCGACGCAAUAAGGAUGUGUUGGCCUGGGUUAAAAAACGCAGAAGAACUAUUCGUAGAGAAGAUUUGAUCAGCUUCCUGUGUGGGAAGGUUCCUCCACCACGAAACUCUAGAGCUCCCCCAAGACUGACUGUAGUGUCCCCUAACCGAGCUACUUCAACGGAAACUAGCUCAUCUGUAGAGACUGAUUUGCAACCCUUCCGGGAAGCCAUAGCUCUGCAUGGUCUUAGUGGUGCAAUGGCUAGUAUAAGCGUGCGUUCGAGUACCCCAGGCUCUCCUACACAUGUAAGCAGUGGAUCGAAUGCUAGUCGAAGGAGAAAUGGACUCCAUGAUGUCGAUUUGAACACUUUCAUAUCAGAAGAAAUGGCACUCCACUUGGACAAUGGUGGAACUAGAAAGCGUACCUCAGCCCAGUGUGGCGAUGUCAUUACAGACUCACCAACCCAUAAACGCAACAGAAUGCUCUAAACUGCAGACAUUUUCACACCCACCAUGCUGCUUGAAAGCCACUCGAUCCUCAACAUAUACUAUUAUUGCAAAGGAAACAUGAGGCCAUCUUCCCUUGUUCACUGUUUAAGACAAGUGAAUUCUCUAGUGGUUGCCAUAAAAGGAAGUUCUAGGUAUUUCAGUAGAUGCCUCUUGUAACAAUGGCUUUCUCAAACUAUAAUCCUAGCAGAGGACAUCAGAUAUUGUGUAGUCAUUAGCGAGAUCAUCAUAGGCAAACAUAUCCGUUCCAAGGCUAAAAGUGACCUUAACUGUAUUUAUUCUCAAAGGGAAAGGAAAUAGAUGUUUAUUUGGUUAUAGACUGCUUUUCUUAUUUUUUGGUCCAUUUCCUGCUGUGUUGAGUAUUUUUGCUUCAACAGUAUUGCCAGGUUCCUAUAAUUGUCUUAAAACCAUGAUUUGGCUUGUGAGCCAAAUCUGUAGGCUUCCAUUUUUUGCAGCCACACUGAACCAUGCACCUGGUUUCCAUACAGAGACAACUGUAAACUUCUGAUUAUCAGACUGUACCCUGUUUUCAGUUUUCAAAGCAGUUUCUAAUUCUGGUGAUUGUGGUGUAAAGAGGUGCUAUGAUGGUCAUGCAAUUAAUACUUAAUAUUGAAUCAGUACACAAAACUAUUGGAUUUACUUUGUGUGUGUUAGUUACUCUAAAAACAGCAAUAUUAUUAAACUGCCCCCAGAUUAAUAACCUUGUAGGCUUCAAAUACUCAGUUUUUAAAACAAGUACUACUUCCUAUGCCGGGUACUUUACUUAUGGUAAUGUAAACACACAGACUGCAUUCAAGGUGACCUGAAAGACAGGUCAUGAGCUUUGAGAGUGGGCUUCCUUUUUGGCUUAGUAUUAGUGAGAGGAAAUGGAUGAUGGGAGUAGGUAAUUACAUUCUUUCAUAUCUUGUUUUGCAUUUGUCAUAGUGGGUGGAAGAUGAUAAAUGUUUUAUCUACUAAUAUGAUCACAAAUAGCGAAACCCAACUCUCCAUUUCCUCUCCUCAGAAGUGCAGUUUGGUAUCUCAUUCUGGAAAAGAUGAAAUCGCAUGGAGGUUCUCUAGAUGUUAGGUAGACCCAAAUAAAGUUCUCCUUAGAGUCCUCUUUGGGUAAAUGUAAGACCUCUUGUAGCUACAACGUUUUAGAGCAUGUUUCAUCUUCAUUUUUACUACCUUGAACUGAAUGAUAGUCUUUUUAGACAAAGAACUGAUGUCAGCCUGCCAGGUACUGUAAUUUAUUCUAUUAUAUUAUAAAUAUAUCAAGUAGGACAGUGAAAAAUGUUUCCUUGCAAACUUGUAGUCCAGUAUCAGUUACUUCUAUUUUUAAUCCUUUAAUGACCAUUGCAAAUCAGUGUAAGGGUUUUUCCAGUAAUUACAGCACUUUGUUAAAAAUUUGCAAUUUCUUCAGCCAUUUAAAUAAUACCUUUCUGUGAAGAAACCUUGCUACAUUAUUGACUGGGUGGGAUGUGAAUGGAAUGUUAGAAAUGUUGUGUGAAUUGAAGUUCUGUAUUCAUUAUAGAUAUAGCCCUUAUUUAAAACAGUGAAAUCCAUACUCAAACUAGGAAUGAAAGUGAGGUAUUUCUAAAUUUUUGCAAAAGUGGAGCUUUUUUUUUUUUGAAUAGCAGGAAGAAUUAUAGCAAUCUGUCAUCUUACCUGAAAUGGACAAGCCUAUGUAUUAUGAAUACGUAUAGGCUUCCCUUUGGAGUAUACCAAGAAAUGGAGUUAGUUUUGUUUUUCUAUCAUUGUAAAUUUAGAUUCUGGAAUUGGGGUUUGGUGGUGCGAAGGCUGUUCACCAGAAGCCUGAACUCUGAUCCCAGAACUACAGGAUUUUGAGACUGAGGAAUACAUAUUUAAGCUUCCCUUCCUGCCUUGGUUCUGUUUCCCCUUUCCAAGUUGAAUAACAAUAUUUUUGGUUGCUUUAAGUUGGUGCUCUGAAGCUUAAUCUUAAUACCCUUUACUCUCAAUUGUCAAAUUUUGAUAAAGCGUGCCAUUUUCUUUGGUAAGAGAAAGCAGGUCUUAAUGUCUGCCAGAACUCAAUUUAUAUGCCUAAUUAUUGGCUCCAUUAAACUUUUUUAAAACUUUA